GAAUAGUUGAGGGGUCUCCAUACAAUUUUACCUAGAGAAGAGGCUUCGAAUUGGUGAUAGGGUGAAGGGUUUUGGGUCGGAGAGAGAGACGAGGAGGGAACGGAAUGGAGUUAGCCGUUAGAACCCUUUUCAAUUUGAAUCCCAAGAUAGUUAGUGAAGGACGGAGACUGGAUUUGCAUAAUCAAGUUCUGUUUUCGCACAGACCAUGGUCCUUUGUUAACUUGUCAACUUUUGUUGAAGAAGGCUCCAAAAGACAUAGUAGCUGCAAAAUCUUCAGUACAACUCAAGUGGUAUCUCCAGUACUAAAUUCAGAAAAUCCUGAUGCUUCUGUAUCUCACUAUGAGGACUUCAGUGUUGCUGUUAAUGCUCGUGAUGAGAAGGAGAUGAAGAUUAGAGUUACUGUAUCCAGUUCAAAGACGCAAUUUAUAUUUGAUGAUGUUUUCUCUAAGUUAGUUGCUGCGGCGCAACCAAUUCCUGGUUUUCGAAGAGUGAAAGGAGGGAAAACUCCUGAUAUUCCGAAAGAUAUUCUCCUACACAUAAUUGGGCCCUCCAAAGUCAAUAGGCAGACAAUCGAGAAAAUCGUUAACUGCACCGUUGCCGAAUUCGUUGAAAAGGUACCGAUGUGCAACAACUCAAAGUGUAGGGACCAAAGUGAAACCGGAGCAACAGUUUACGGACUAAUGCUGAGGGAAUUAAGGUCAGUAAAGAUUUAAAGGUGGAGCAGAAUUUGGAAGCUCUUGAAGCAGCAUUCCAACCAGGAAAAGACUUUGUUUUCGACGCAAUUGUUCAGAUACAAGAAACAAAUUCGACCGAACAUUGAUUUCUUUUUGCCCUUUUUAUUAGUGAAAACUCUCUAUACGAUUCAAGGACGGAUUUAUUUAGCGUAGCAAGAUUGUUUAGAGAAGAGGGAAUAGCAACACUCGAGAUCAUGUUGCAGUUUUAAUUUUCAUUGAUGUAAUUCUGUUUAAUGUAUGCUAAUGUAAUAUCAUUUCAUCUCUCAUUUGCUGCA